GACAAAGUCGCUUCCUCUAUGCUAAAUAUUAACUUUAUUAAUUAUCGGCGCUUGUCAGCGCUGGUAACCCACGCAGGAAAAUAUAAUAUGAACACGCGCCGAUAAGCGCUGAUCGGCGCCGACAAGUUCCGACAAGCUUCAACAAGCGCUUGUCAGCGCCAUAUAAAAUUUGAUUUGGUCUGCUUCAACCUGCUUCCUUUGUGUAGAACGAACCGGCGUUGACAAGCGCCGAUAAGCGCUUAUAAGUUUCAAGCUUUCUUUCUGAAUACGCCCUUUGUCUAUAAUAUAUUGUAAGUAAUGUUUGAUCUAAAUAAAAUCUUUUUUUCUUUACAUAUAUAACACCUUUACAUAAUAUAUUUUUUUAUGAUUUAUUAAAUCCUUAAAAAAACAAUAAUCGUUUUUACCGAUAAAUCAGUUUUACGAUUCGAAAGCAAUUAUUAAUUGUUCAUGACAACAGGAUAUGAUGUAAUCAGCGCUUACAUAAUGUUUUCUCCUUCUAACUCUCACGGUUAGAAAAGGAGAGCAUGUAUCAUUUCCGGAACGUUUACUCGAUAGCGCCAACAAUUUUUAACCAAUCAUAGCACAUUUUUUAAAAUUAUUCUAGCCGCUAGCGUCGUUGACGCUUUUGCAGCGUUGCUUGUUGAUGUUAUGUACUUAUGUCGGUUUGUUUAGAUUCUUAAAUAUUAUUUUAUCACUUAUUUAGAAGUGCAUUUUAAACAUUGUGUGGUUAUUUUAUUAAAAAGUGAAUUCACUUAGUGUUUGGGUCAAUUUUAAUCACUGAAAAUGAAAAUAAUCGAAUUACGCAUAUUUUCGUCGCGUGUGGUUAUGUGAUAAUUUUAGAAAUUAAAACUGAAAAGUCGAAGAACAAGUUAUUUAAUUCGAUAUGUCUACAAGAAGUGGUCGUGUUAGAUCCAGUAUAGCCGACUCGAGUCCAUCACGAACUCGAAAAGUUGCAUCGCCGUCGCGAUCUCCCGCCAGAAAUCGAAAAAGUUCCGCGGAGCGAAUUGCCGUUCGCCAGUCGCCUUCAAGGAAAUCUCCAAGUCGAAAACCACCAUCUAAAUAUCCUGCUCGUAAAUCACCUUCACGUACAGUUAAAGAUACAAAAGAGGAAUCAAUUCCUAAAUCACCAGCUAAACGGCCAGCAAUAAGUUCUAAUGUCGAAGUUAAGUUGGAAGACUUUUCAUCUAAAUUUGAAAUAUAUCGAAGCACUAGAUCUAAACGCACUGAAUACUCAAUUAAAGAUAUUUCUAGUAAAACUCAAUUAAUUGAUGAAAUUAAUGGGACUGACAGCAUCGACUCUACAAGUGAUUAUGGUUUAAGAAAUAGGAGGUCCGUGGAAAAUAUUGUGCCACGACGCUCUAGUAGAUUGAGGGAUUUUGUUGAAAACAUACCAGAUAUUAGACGAAGCUUGAGUAAGUCUGUCAGUAAGUCGAUAAGCAAGUCCAUCAGUAAAUCAAUCGAUACAUAUUCAGAUGAUGAAAUUUCUGAGCUAGCACCCAUAAGGGAGAAAUCAUCAUCAGUUACAAGGAAAUUAUCAACCCCAGUACCAAGCAAUGUAUUGUUGACACAAUUCAGCAAUAAGUUUGAGUUUGGUGGGAAAAUUGGUUCUGUACUAUUCUUAUUAGUGCUACCAGUAACAGCAUUGGCAAUAUUGUUAGCUUGCUCAAAAUCUUGCUCGCACAAUGUUUUCUUAGGAUUGUCGCAAUACAAAUCAGUAUCAACAUGGUUUAGUGCACAGUCAUUAGCUGUUGUAGUCAGCCAAUAUUUUCUGCAAGCUUUUAUACUAGUACUACCUAUAUUGGGGACAAAGCAAAUAGAUGACACUGGCAAAAGAUACUGUUUCAAUGCGUUAUUCUCAAGUAUUGUUACCAUAAAUGUAUUAUUUUUGUUGGACUACUACAAAAUCAUUGGUGGAUACACUAUUCUAGAUUCAUACUUACAGUUGGGUACUAUAUCUUAUUUUAUAGCUGUUUUAUUAUCAGUACUGUUAUUCAUCAAAAGCUGGAAAAUAGACGAGAAUAGUUUAAACCCAUAUGGCAAGACUGGUUUUGCAUUGUAUGACUUUUUUAUGGGUAGAGAAAUUCAUCCACAAGUACAGAGAUUUAACAUAAAACUAUGGGCAUAUAGAGUCUGCAAUAUCAGCACUCUUGUUUUAUUGCUGCUUCUGUUCACACAUAGUUUCUACAUUGACGAAAAGGGUCUGGAAAAUAUAUCUCUCAAUAACUACAAAGAAUUAAUAGCAAAAAUUCAUUGGAAGCCUACUGUAUUAUUAUUUACAAUGAUGCAGAUAGUGUACACUCUUAAUUUUAUUGUAAAGGAAUACAGAGUUAUAUAUACAUUCUAUUGGCAAUAUGAAGGUUUGGGUUACAUGCAAUUAGUGGGGAGUGCAUUAUACCCUUUUUAUUUUACUACAAUAUCUAAAUAUGUAGUGGAUUCUGAGAUGGCUCUUCGAAUGAACACUUUAAUAGCAGCAUCUAUUAUAUUCCUGUUGGGCUUCAUAGUUAUGCUUAUCAGCAACAAUAUAAAGUAUGAGUUCAGGAAAAACCCCCUGCAGCCGAGUAUGGCACAUCUGGUCUCUAUGCCGACGUUCCACGGUAAGAAAUUGCUUGUGUCCAACUUGUGGGGCAUUGUCCGUCAUCCGAAUUACACGGGCGAUAUUUUAAUACAUAUCGCUCUAGCGUUGCCGGGUAUUUUGUCAUCGCGAGUAAUAGCUUCGUUGCCGGCUUUGUUCACGAUUCUAGUGUUAUUGCAUCGAACGUGGAGAGAUCAUGGCAGGUGUAGAAGGCGUUAUGGCGCCGCGUGGCAGAGAUAUUGCAAGCGAGUGCCUUCCGUUGUUCUUCCGAAGAUUCUGUAACUGUAGUACAGUUCAUUUUAUAGAGGUUGUGCUUAUAACAAUAUUUUGGGUACAGAAUACAGUUGUAUCUGGCAAACCAUACAUGAUCGUUUUAGGUAUAGGUAAUUUUAAAUUAACUAUAGAAAAGGUUUGCAUCGUAAAAAAUGUUACGGAAUCUCGUAUCAUAGUAGAACUACCGACGCGCGACGUUUCUCAAUUUAAUAGGUAUUAAUAUAGGUAGUUUAUAGUUGAUCAAAAUUACAAAUAUUUCACAUAAUGGCACAAAUAAAUAGAUUUUACUUGUUGAUAAUGUGAUGUGUGAUGACUGAUUUGUCUCAUGUUUCAACUUUCAACCUAUUUUUAUGUUGAAAAUUAAUAAGGCAAGUACCCUAGGCAUGGGUACAUAACAUAUCUCAAUGGAAUAAAUAUUUAACUACUUAAGAUUUUAGAUUAUAAUUUCCAAUUUUAUUAAUUAAUAACUUUAGCACAAAUAAUGAAGUAUUUUCAUAUUAGAAGUGUAGGUUUUUUUCGUCGAAUGACAUAUUUUAGAUAAUAGAUUUUACAUUAUAUUGUAUAAUAGUUUUAAAUGGUUUUAGUAAUUAGAUAAAUAUAUCUACUUAUACAUUUUUGUUUUUGUGGAUCUCAGUUUAAAAACAUUGAGAUUUUAUUUAAAUAUAUUGUAUAAAAUUAGUCGUAAGUUUUGCCAUAACAAACCACCGUAGAAUAAAUAUAUAUACAAGUAGCUCUCUAGAUGGAGGGGUAGAUAUAUUAUAUUAAAGUACUGUAGUUUACUUUAGGUUUAUUAAAUUAGGUAAAUUUAUUAAUUUUAGACAAUCUGUGUCUAGCGCUCAAUGUAGUUGAUGACUAUAAAAUAUAGAUGAUGAUUAGAGUUGGUAGGUAAUAUGCAAUACCUAGUUUACUAAAUAUUAUAUGGGUGGCAAGUAGAAGGAAAAUAAAGUGUCGACUUAAGAUUUAGCAUAAAGACGUUAUUGCUCAAAAUUAAUAAAAAGUACAAGAAGAGAACAUUGUGUAAAUUGAUUUUUUAUAAGAGGAUUUAUGGCUUAGCUUUUUAAUGUAAAAGUAUUACGAGUGCCUCAAAUUAAAAUGUAAGAUAUCGCUUAAGAAGCGUGAUUUGUCUCAUCAAGUAUUAAAAUGAAUUCUUUGAAAAUAUAAACGAAGUUAACUUUAAGUCGCCUGUGUUUUUAAUAGGUAUGAAAUCAUAAUUAAUGAUGAAAAUUAAUAAUCUGUUAUCUUCAUGUUCUACCUACUUUCAGAUACUUAUACCUAUAUUGUUAUUACUUUAACUUAACAGUUCAAAAUAGAUGCCAAAGCCACGUUAGUUAAAUGAAGUUAAUUCUGUUUGGUGGUUAUGAAUACUUCUCUAUAAAUCUUAGUUAAAUGGAUCUUUAUUAAAGCCACGGUCAUUGACCUAUUUGCAGCGUCUUUAUUAAUUUUAUUAUACGUCUUUAUUAAUUUUAUUAUACUAUAAUAUAAUUAUGUAAAAUUAUACUGUGUGGAAUAUUAAAGUUUUAUAUGAAAA